UUCUUUAUGUCACAAAGGACAAAAAGAGAAAUAGAAACAUGUAAUAGGCUAGAUUGGGGUGUCAUUAAGGGUGCCAUCUAGUGAGCCUCCCCCCCCCAAAAAAAAGACCUCUCUUCCUUUUUGCUUUUCUCUCUCAUCUUUUCCAAUUGUCUAGGUUACCGAAUUCUCCAGUCUUCUGGGGACCUUCCUGGACACACAUUUCUCUAGAGAGAGAAAGAGGUUAACCCUGACCUAGAAUUUUUGCUAUGAGCCAAGGAGUUUGGGGAGUCAGGAAUUCAGGGCUUCAGAAAAAGGGCAGUGAAUGAACAAGAAAACAACAUAGAGAAAGAAAAAAAUAGAUGAAUAUUAGGUCCAGGAAGAAGUGAGAACUCAUUACAAGGACCUUAUUCAUCCCCAACCAAAGGAUGAUGAGCCUAAGAAAACCAGGAGAACACCCUUCCCCCAUUCUUCACCAUGGCAACAACUAGAAGGUCCUUGUGAUGUGACCAUGAUGACUGGCCUGGAGAAAGUCUAGACUAGCCAACAUAGAGAACACAAUAUUUAAAUUGGAAAAAGAUGAAUUUUGACCAGAAGGCAGUGAAGUUUUUGGCAAAUUUUUAUAUGAAUGGAGGUCAACACUGGACCCAUGGUGGUAUACAGACAAAGCAGCCAGCACCUCCCAGCAGCGGGAAGAAGUUGUCUGGGAUCCAUCAAGUCCUAUCCACCCACCCUCAUAUAGAAAGAUGGGAGUCUAUGAAGCAUCCAGUGCCCCAGGAUCUUCAAAAAAUUCCUCUGGAGGUAACCAGCCUGUUACAGGAUCCACAUCUUUGCCGGGUCAGGCAUAUAAAAGAACUCACUCUAGAAAGACGACCUCCGAUCCUGAUAGACAUGGAUGUUCCAGGGCCCACCCAGUACUCUGCACCUGAUGUGAGCAUCCGGGAGUCUACACCACAUCCUCACUACAGCAUUAGCUGCAAGACACCCACUCGGGAUGGUGGUGGUCGCAGGGCAUGGCAAACAACCUGGUUCCAGAGUGAAAGCCCCUUCACGCAGAAGGCGGACUUCGUCAGGGAGCAGAAGCCCGGCAGUCUGGGACCCCUGCAGCCCAGCCGACCCAGCUUUCCUGCCUUCAGCUUUGGCCACAAGAGGCUGACUACCAAGGCCAAGGAAACUCGGCCCAGCCCCAACACCUACAAUGUUCUCCCAGGCUUUCAGCUUAAAGGACCUCGAUCUCCUGCUUUCUCAAUGAGCCGGUCCCAUACCUUCAACAGUUGGAUCAGUCCUGCUCAUACUCCAGGGCCAGCUGCAUACUAUGUCGAAGAUUCCUACAACUCCCGAUUCCCGUCAACCCCUGGAGUUCUCAUCCAGGGGGAGCGCAGGCCUAAGCGACAUGAGACCGGGCCCUUCUGCACCCUCUAGACCCUGGAACCCCAGGGCCUUCAAAGCGCUCUUGAACCUGGAUCCCCCAGUGGCCUGUACUAUACAUUAGAACUUGGGACUCCCAGGGCCAUGGGCUGCUCGAUAGAACGCAAAGGUUACAAAUUCUCCCUGGGUUUCUUCCGCUCCUCUGAAACCAGAGGCCUCUGUCUCAGCCCCAGGCUUGUCCCCAGCCCAGGCUCCUUGCCUCUCUUGUUAUACAGUUAUACAUUUUGUUUUUUCCUAGAUUCUCUAUUCCAUUCAUGGUUUCUAUUCCACACACAGACAUUCAAAACACACACGACAUUCAGAACAAGCAGAAUACAUAAUAACGCUCCCAGUAUUAUGAGCAAGACUCACACAAUUACAAAUGCAAUAUAAUACAUGAGAACACAAAGUCCUGGGGGCUACUUCCUCCUCACUCUCUCUCUUAGCUCUUUUGCUAUUUCAUUCUGUCUCUAUAUUUGUUUUUCUCUCUAUCUUACUCUAGCCUUGAUCUGUUUCUAAAGCUGAGGGCAGCAGUCUUUCAGGGCUUCAGACCCUCACUGAAGAGCAAAGCUGGGCAACUGCCCCAAAAGAUGCUCUAGAACCAAAGGGAGAUGGCACAAAGAGGGAGUGGGGCAGGCUUCAGUCAAAGCCAGCAGUCAAUGCUAUACACUGGGAGGUGCUUUCUUUAUGUGAGCAAGGUCCAGCCCAAGACUAAGGCCUUUUUAUUUCCCAGUAGCAGAUACUAGAUCUUUUACCUCUCCUCAUGUGAUAUGGAGUCCUUUCAGUUCAGGAGACAGGUCUCAGGGGAAAGUCAAUCAGUUUGGUACUGGCCUCUGGACAUCCUUAAGUACUAUUUUUGACUUGGCAAGACUCAAGAGUAAUCUCCAAACCCCUCGGGGUCCCAGGAUGGGUAAAUGGGGCUUGGGUUUGCCUAAAGUAAGGGGGAGACCUCUGGCUGAGGGAGUUAGUUGGUAGAAGUUCUGAGCUUUGUGUUAGUGUGUAUGCUGUUUGUGUUCAAUAUUGAGUAAAACACACACCUAUCCCCCCAAACUCUCCCUCAGGCAUUAUGGGAUUGCGCUGUCCAUAGCCCCAUUUAACAUUGGCCUAGCCCAGAAAGCUCCGAAAUUGACCCAAAAGGCAGCAGGUUUACCUGGCGUAGUGUUGGGUGGAAGCUUUGCUCUCAGCUAACCCAGUCUAGAUUUCUUCUAAGGAGUUGUUGGGGUUGGUCUGAGCCAUAGGCCUGCUUGGGAGCUUGUUCUGUGGGCAAGAGCCUCCACAGCCCCUACAAGUCCUGGUUCUCCUUUCUCCAGAUCUUGAUGGUCUGGUCCCUUGUCCGCACUAUCCUAUCUGGCUGGGGCUGCUGCAGUGUGCUGGGAGCAGGAGUGUUCUGGCUUCGUUGGGGUUGAGUAGGUGGCCGAUUUUAAAAAGGUUUAAGAGAGAAGGCAGCAUUCGUGUGACAACUUGCCUCUUCUCAGGCCUGACCUCGUCUGCAGACAUGUUCUAUCCCAGAGUGGGCCAUGUCAGCCCUCUCUCAAUUCCCAGGAUGAUGGGGACAAUGCUCUGGAACCACUUUAUCCCCUCCCACCCUGCAUGGUGCCUGCAGGGGCCAUGACCAUCAUUCUCAUGCUCCAAGGGAAAAAAGACAAAGUGGACAUACUUGGGAGAAAUGACAUCAAAUUCUAAACAUGAAAUAAUCUUUUCCAUUUUGGUUUGAACAAGUCAUCCUCAGUGAAACCAUGACAAUGCACUCUGUGUAUAUCAACUGAGGGGUAAAUGGGAGUUAGUUGCAUUGUCUAUAAAAAAGACAGGGAGGAACCUUUCAGAGGCUCAAACUUUGGGGGCUAAUGUGUAUCCCCGAUAAGUGGUGCUUAUAGUAACCAUUGCAUCAUAGAUUUUGAGCCAGAAGGAACCUCAGACCAUGCAGUCCAAUCAUUUUACCAAAAAGAAAACAGGCUCAGAGAGAUGGUGAUUUCAAUUACAUUAAAGUAGAAGAAUGGGGAUUUGAGCUCAGCUUGUCAGAUACCAGAUCCAACAUUCUUAACUCCAGAUAUGUGCUUGAGGUUCAUGGGCUGAUCCUAGAGUUAGAAAAGAGUGAUCCCAUUCUCCACACCACUGUUUUAAGAGAACCUUGUCUUCUGAUUGAUUCUACAAUGCUAUAGAACUCAGGAAAUCAUCUACUCUUACUGUGGGAAAGGUCAUCUAGUUUAAUCCCCUGCAUGAGGAAGGACAGCCCUCUCCAAUCCCCAGGGAAUGGUAACCCAGGCUUUCCCUGAAGACCUUCAGUCCAUUCCCCUUUUGCUCCUCUGUAAUUACUAAGUUUUUCUUUGCCUUGAUUUUUCCAUUUGUUUUUGUUCUGCCUUCUGAAGGCCAAGCAGAAUCAAGUGAAUCCCAGUUCCACAUGGCAAUCUGAGAGAUUUGAAAGCGGGUCCUCCCUCGCUAUUGCCUCUCUUCAUAGCUUCCGGUUUCCUCACCAUCAGGGUCCCCUUCCUCUGGAGGGGUCUCCUUUUGGCCUGGGCAGACUCUGGGCCCCACAGUCCCAUGUCCAAGCUCUCUGCAUGCCUUUAUUUCCCUCAGAAGGCUUCCUUAUGGCCAGUCAUUGCUCUUUCCAAGUUAUUUUUGAAGAGUUCACCUAAAUCCUCUUCUACAAGGCCGAGGCUAGAAUACCCUCAUGUCUUAUCUCAGCCUGAAAUGCUUGCCUGUCUCCAGAUGUCAUAGCUCCGCCAUCCCAUGUCAGUUCUUCCAAGUUGGGGCCUGAGGUCCCAAGUACGACUCUGAUCCUUUAGGGGACCAACAAUCUAGUGUGACUCAGCUGGCCUGAAAAGCAGCCUCAAUUUCCAUAGCCCUGGAGUGGCUGGGCCAGCUGGCAGAGUCCUUGGGAGGCACUGUGCCUUUCCGAGCGGGGAGUUUGCAGGAUUGUGCUCCCAGACCCACUGUAGGCUGUGGGGUGACUCGGGUCAUAUGUGCAGUCCUCUGCCAAGAGCUGCAGAAAUAAGGUGGCAGGACCACCUGGGGGUGGAGCACUCGAGCUGGGGCCAGAGGCAGGUCCUAAGUGGAUAUAGGACACUCAGGGAGCUUGACCAGAACCAGGCCUUAGAAACCUCUGGCCCCUUUCCAGCCUAAGCCUCCAUGACUCCUGGAUGACCUUAAAGGCUGACUCCCCCCACUCAUUUCCUAGUUCCAGCUUAGUUUUGCCUUUGAGGUCAGCUCAGACUUAGCAUGAACCUAUGUGUUCCACUUGGAGAAGUGCUUUUAUCUGAUUCUCCCUGGGCUAUAAAUACUUCAGUGCAGGAAUGAAGUCAUCUUGGGAGUGGCUGGUAUGGGGCCGGGAGGGGCCUGGCUUUGGCUCUCCUCCUUAUACAGGGACCCACAUGAAAAAGCUAGAAAAGGUCUGGUGGGCAGAGAAGACCCAGGGCCUAGACUUAGGCGGUUGAGAGCUGUGUGCAGACUUGGAGGCCAUCUCUCAGAUGGAUAUGCAAAUAAUGCUACCCUGGGCUUCCCUAUUCUGUUCCACGGUUAAUCCUUUUAUCCCACCACACUCCUAACUUCCAGUCUGUCCCUGGGAGAGGGAGGGAGAGGAAGAAAGCGGGGUAUCUGGAUCAUUGUUAUAGUGAGAUGGCAUCAUGGAUAAAGUGUGUGUGUACAUAUAUAUAUAUAUAUAUGUGUUAUAUAUAAUAUACACACACAUGUGUGUAUAUGAUAUAGAGAGUGAUAGCUAAAAAUAGAGAAUAGACUUGUGCUCAGGAAGACCUAAGCUCAAAGCUUGCCUCAGACAAGGGACCUGGAAACAGAAAGAGAAAGGUUCUGGUAGUGGACGGUCAAGCUGGAAAAAGUUCAGGGAAGCAAGACUGCAACCCUGUAAAAUUUUGCCUGAUCUCGGUGCGGGCCUCAUCGUGGGACAUGUUUCACCCCAGGGUGGGCUGCCCCAGCCCCCUCUCCAUUUCGCUACCACCAAGACUGUCUAGUUACCCUGCCUCCCUCUGGGCCGCAGCUGACUCUCUUCAAUGACUUCUGCCUUGGCAGUGUGGAAAACUGUAAGUCCCAUGCAUCCAUGCUCACACACUCUGUAUUUCAUGCACCUGCACAAACAUCUUCAUUUAAGAUGCACUGGUGCUGUGAUGGCUGGCCGAGGUCAAAUUUUCUCCCUGUCUGUGGAAAAAAGAGGAUGUCGUACUCUAGUCUGGCCCCACAGCUCUAGCAUAAACGUAGGAGAGACACAGAGAGAUGGGGUGGAGGUAGGCAGAGAAAGGGAGAGAGAAAAAGGAGGGCAAGAAAGGGGGGAAAAAGAGGGAGAGGAGAAUAUCAAGGAAAGUAGUAGAGCAGGAAGUUGUAUGGAUUCUGUCAAUGAAGGAAGCAAGGACUGAGCCCAGCAGAUCAGCAAAGGUGAUUGCCUGUCACUUUAGAUGUAGGUACUGAAGGAGACAGUCUCCUUAGUGUCUAGAGAUAAGAGAUUCCUUAGAAGUUAGAAAAAACUGCCAGCAGUUGGAUUGGAGUUAAACAUUCUCUAGUUUACUUUUCUCCACGACUUUUCCCUUCUUGAUGCAGAAGGAAUUAAUUCCCUGUGGGGUUCAGGUUGGCUUUGCAGGGCCAGGCUUGUGGUUGUCUCCUGAAUUGUCAGCAGGGUGGAAAAAUAUAUAACAGCUAAUAUUUACAUAGUUCCCACUAUAUAUGCCUGGUACUAUUUAAGCACUAUAUUAUUGCAAUCUCAAUCCAGGGAGGUAGGUGAUAUUAUCUCCAUUUUACAAAUAUGGAAAGGGAGGCAAACAGUUGUAAUUGAUCACCCCAGCCCCCUAGAGACCAAGGGGGGAAGUUGCAUUUGUGAGGUCCUGGGGAAAUAUUAGAAACUUAAUUAUACUGGCAGCCUUCAUGGUUCAAAGCAUUGUGGUCCCAAAAGUGGGGAGAUAAAGAUGGAACAAGCAUUGUCUGUACUGUUAGGUAGUUUAUAGAGAGAAAAGAAUAUAAAAAUCAAGUUUAAUUACAUUGCAAAGGUAUUCUAUGCUAUGUUAAAUACCGAGUGAAUGAAAUAAAUCUAUAGGAGUUUAGAAGUGAAGAGAUUUUGACAGGUUGGGUGGUUUUGAGAAAGUAUGUCUAUAAUGAGAACAUUACACAGUUCCCAAGCCAGCUAUCACCCAAGUUUGGAGUAUACCUGGUACUUGAACCUAGGAUGGAGAAAAUACUCAAACAGCACCUCAACCCAAGUCCCUUUAGUCCCUUUACAUAUGAAUUUUGAUCUAGACUACUUAUUUGGGUAUUCUUUACUGUCCCCACCUUUACAAAAAAAAAAUGAAAGAAAAAAUAUGAGGUUCCUCAUCUCAGAAUUCCAGAUCUAGGGGGAACACUUCAGCACUGGCCAUCACAAAUACCCAUCCCCUUCUUCCCCAGCUGGGAAGCCAUAUAUCAUUUGGCUGCCUGCUUAGAGCUAUCUAGAGACUGCUAACAUCUUUCUAUAACUUUCAAUAAAACCAAACUCAAUAAGCCAAUGAGACUAUUUGUCAGAUCUUUGAAUUCAGUGCUCAGAUUAAGUAGGAUUUGGAUAGGGAAUAGAUUUUAUACAUAUGUAUAAUACAUAUAUUACUAAAUAUACACAUUAAUCACAUGUGGUCAUGUGCAAUACACACGUGUGUAUAUACAUUAUAUACACACUAAUCACAUGUGAUUGUUAUAUAUGCAAUACAUGCACAUAUGUGUAUAUACAUGCAUACAUUGUAUAUACACUAAUCACCUAUUGCCAUGCACACAUGGGUGUAUAUAUACACACUAAUCACAUAUGUGGUUGUCAUGUAAUACAAGCCUCAUCUUAAAGUGGCAUGGAUAUCUAAUCUGGAGGAUCUAGCCAAGGAUGUGCUAGAGCCGCCACCUAGCUAGCUGAUUGUUAAAUUUUCAUAGCAUACAUUUAUACCUUGGUCAACAAAGGCUACAAAUUAGGACUUGAUUUAUUGUUUUGAUUAUCCAUACCUAACAGACGUUUUAAUAAUGCAGAUUAAAUCUAAAAGUGUAUUUUGUGGAUUUUUUUUUCUGGAAAACUGGUUAAACUUUUACCAAAAAAGGGAAAAAAGCCACAGAAAAGAAAAAGCAAAGCAAAAAAUGUUGAAAAUACUGUGCUUCAAUCCACAUCUAGUCUCCAUGGUUCUCUCUCUGAAUGAGGUUGCCAUUUUCCAUCCCAAAUCUGCUGUUUUGAAUCACAUUAUUGAGAAGAGCCAAGUCCAUGAUAUUUGAUUGUCACAUAAUUCUGCUGAUACUGUGUACAACGUUCUUGGUUCUGCUUGCUUCAUUUGGCAUCAGUUCAUGUAGACCUUUCCAGGCUUUUCUGAUCAUCAUUUCUUAUAGAACAAUGAUAUUCCAUUACAUUCAUAUAACUUAUUCAGCUAUUCCCCAACUGAGGUGCAUCUACUCAAUUUCCAGUUCCUUGCCCCUACAAAAAGAGCUGUACAAAUAUGAAAAGAAACUUUUAAAUUAAAAUUUUUUAUAUCUAUAUUUACCUGGCCAGUCAUCAGAGCAAUAAUGAACCUUUAAGAGCAUCUAUAUUUUUGCAGGUGCAUGAGAUAUAUAUAUACUUUGUGCAUGUAUGUAUGUGAUAUAUAGACAUUAUGUAUAUAUGUAUAACAAUUUUUUUCUUUUCACAUCCUUCUCAUUGAAGAAAUAAAGAAAAAACUCAUUAACAAAUAUCAUAGUCAAACAAAGCAAAUCUAUGUAUUGGCUAUGAAUAAAAAUAUGUUUUGUUCUGAACUCUGAAUCCAUCAUCUUUUUGUCAGUAGGUAGGCAGCAUAUUUCAGACCUGCAGAAUCAUAGUGGGUCAUUGUAUUAAUCAGAGUUAUUCAGUCAAACUUAGGGUUUUUUGUUUUGUUUUGGGUUUUUUGUUUACAAUAUCAUGUAGAUUGUUCUCCUGAUUCUACUCAAGUCACUCUUCCUCUGUUCUUAUAAGUCUCCCCAUAUUCCUUGAAACUACUUCAUUUCUUACAGCACAAUAGUAUUCUACUCUAUUUACAUACCAUAAUUUGUUCAGAUAUUCCCCAAUUGAUGAAUACUUUAAUUGCUUGAGUUAUAUCUAGCCUUAAUGUUGGUAGUCCAGGAAUAUAAUAUUUCAGGGCUCAGAAUAAACACAAGUCCUGAUGACUCUCAAGAGAAGGGUAAUUCUUAGUUUGCUAUGGAUAAUUUAACUCCUUCCAAUAAAUGCUGAUUACACAAAAGACUAUAGUGAAUAGAAAAUAUAUCUCUAUCACACAGAGGUUGCAGCUGCUGUUUGUCCUUUGUUCUUGAAGAGGACCAAGGCAUCAAGGGGGUGAGCUAUGACAUGAGUAAAAAGUAAACAAAAACAUCCUAAAAGGUGAUGAACUCAAGAGUACAAACUGUAUUUUAUGUAUUUUAUGGGGAAAUAUGGCCAUUGGAGGAGUUUGUUUUGCUUGACUAUAUAUUUUUUUAAUGAAGAUUUUGUUUUUCUUGCAGUGAAGGAAGAGGUGGGAGGGAAAGAAAAUAAAAUGAAAUGUAAUUUUUAAGAAGUCUGAGCUUGCCUUUCUUGACUGCCUUUCAAUUUUCCAGCUAUCUUUUUAUGUUGACAUUGAAUGUUCUCUUACCCAAUCAGAGGUCACAUUUCCCCUAAAUGUACAAAGUUGAUACUGCUGCUACUCUCAUUUGUUCUUCAUUUCUGAAGAGAUCCAUGACACUAGAAGAGAUGAUAUCAUGAUAUGCAAGUGAAUUGGAUUAUGUGAUGGAAGGCUGUACAAAGUUACCAGUUUUACUUUCUCCUAUGGAGCCAUAAUUGUCCAGUGGCAAGAUAUUGAUCAGGACAACUGAAAAUGGCCCCUCACAUACAAAGUGAAGCAUGGUUAUCAACAAGGGUUGUUCCUUUUUUUUUUUUUUUUAAGCUUUUUAUUUUCAAAAUAUAUGCAUGUAUUGUUCUGUAAGAAAUGACCAGCAGGAUGAUUUCAGAGAUGCCUGGAGAGACUUACAUGAACUGAUGCUAAGUGAAGUGAUGCUACAUGAAGUGAUGCUAAGGAGAUAAUUAUACACGGCAACAAGAAGACUAUACGAUGACCAAUUCUGAUGGGUGUGGCUCUCUUCAACAAUGAAUUAAUUCAGACCAGUUCCAAUUGUUCAGUGACAAAGAGAGCCAUCUACACCCAGAGAGAGGACUAUGGGAACUGAGUAUGGACCACAACAUAGCAUUCUCACUGUUUGUUAUUUGCUUGCAUUUUGUUUUUCAGUUUUUCUUUUUCUUCCUUCUUGAUCUGAUUUUUCUUGUGCAGCAAGACAACUGUUGUAAACAUAUAUUGGAUCUAACAUGUAUUUCAACAUAUUUAACAUGUAUUGGACUACCUGUUAGGGGAGGGAGUGGAGAGAAAGAAGGGAAAAUUUGGAACAAAAGGUUUUUUAAGGGUCAAUGUUGGAAAAAUUACCCAUGCAUAUGUUUUGUAAAUAAAAAGCUUUAAUAAUAUAUAUAUAUGCAUAAUUUUCAGCAUUCUUUUUUUUUUGGUACAUAUAGAUACUUUUUUUUUAAAAAUAAUUAUAACUUUUUAUUGACAGGACCCAUGCCUGGAUAAUUUUUUACAACAUUAUCCCUUGCACUCACUUCUCUUCCGACUUUUCCCCUCCCUCCCUCCACUCCCUUCCCCAGAUGGCAAGCAGUCCUAUACAUGUUAUAUAUAGCAUUCACUUUUACAAAACUUUGUGUUUCAAAAUUUUUCUCUCUCCCUUGCUCCCACUCCCCCCCUUACAUAGCAACUAAUCCAAUAUAUAUUAAACAUUUGCAAUUCUUCAAUACAUAUUUCCACAAUUAUGCACAAGAAAGUACAAAAUGAAAAAGGAAAAAAUGAAAAAGAAAAAAAGCAAGCAAACAACAAAAAAAGUGAAAAUACUAUGUUAUGAUUCACACUCAGUCCCCACAGUCCUUUCUCUGAGUGCAGAAGGCUUUCUCCACAAGUCCAUUGGAACUGGCCUGAAUCACCUCACUGUUGAAAAGAGCCUUGCCCCUCACAUUUGAUCAUCAUAUACUCUUUUUAUUGCUCUGUGUACGAUGAUCUGGUUCUACUCACUUCACAGCAUCAGUUCAUGUAGGUCUCUCCAAACCUCGCUGAAAUUAUCCUUCUGAUCAUUUCUUAUAGAACAAUAGUAUUCCAUAACAUUCAUAUACCAUAACUUAUUUAGCCAUCCUCCUAUUGAUAGGUAUCCAUUCAGUUUCCCAGUUUCUAGCCACUACAAAAAAGGCUGCUACCAACAUUUUUACACAUAUGGAUCCCUUUCCCUUUUUUUUUUUUUUUUUUUUUAUCAUCUCUGACAAGGGUUGUUCUUAAGAGCACAGCUGAAAGCUUGGGAUAAAGUCAUAUCAGAGAAGGAAGAAGAAGCUACCAGAUCAGAUACAGCAUUAAUAAAGGCGAAAAAGUGGGAAUGAACUAGAUUCAUGUAGUGAAGCAUCAGAAGCUAAAGUUGGAAAGGCACAGUGUGACCUGAGCUUCAUGAAUAAUAAUGUCAAAAUGUUAUAGGGUGUUAAAUUUAGGAUAGUUUUCAACUUACAUUUGAAUGCAAGUCUUGACUAUAAAGGUGGGGAAGACUAUAAAGUAGGAGCUACCAGAAUUGAGAAAAAGCUAGGCUUUCUUUUGGCAUGUCCAGGAAUGCAGGGAUAGAGGCUGAGUAGGCUCAUUGCCAGUAAGGGAAAGAGUGAGGGUUAAAAGAAAAAAAUUAAUAAUUAAGGAAAAUUCACUAAUCUGGGAUAUUCCAGAUUUGCCAAAAUAUUUCCUCAGGUAACAACAAACUUUACAAGUUAGGUUGAAGCUUUAGUUCUAAAAUUAUUUCUAAGAGUUGAUGAGUCACUUAUGAACAAUUUUAAAAAAGUGGGAUUGCCAGCAUUCUUCAUUUUAUGCAAAAUAAUUUCCAUAGAGAAAACCCCAACUUCAUAAUGGAAGGGAAGCUCUAUUCCCGCAAAAAAUUAAUUUCUCCAGUGUACUAUGGUUGAACACUUCUGUUGUAGUGUUCCGACUUUUCCCCUCCCUCCCUCUACCCCCUUCCCCAGAUGGCAAACAGUCCUAUACAUGUUAUAUAUAGC